UUCGCUCAGUAAAUAUAAUCGUUUUCUCUGUAAACCACAAUCUACCACAAUGACUGAGAAAGCCGCUAAGAAGAAAGUACCACCCAAACAUCCCAAAUUCAAGGAGAUGAUUAAAGCUGCCAUAACAGCUCUUAAAGAGAGGAACGGUAGCUCUCGAGCCAGCAUUGCAAAGCACAUAUUGGCAAACAACAACGUCGAGAAUAACACUCAGUUCCUGAGCAACUUGAGGCUUGCUUUGAGACAUGGUGUUGAUGGGGGUUCCCUGAUCCAGACUAAAGGCUCCGGUGCUUCUGGUUCUUUCAAGGUAGCUAAAUCCGACAAGGCUAAGAAACCUGCGAAGCCUAAGGGAGCUGCUAAGAAGAAAGUGGCUGCCAAGAAGAAGCCCAGUGGCAAGAAAGGUGCUGCUGCUAAAAAGGCAAAGGCCACAAAAACAGCAAAACCCAAGGGUGCCAAGUCGCCAGCUAAAAAGAAGCCAGCAGCUAAGAAGACACCUAAGAAAGCUCCCGCAAAGAAGGCUCCCGCAAAGAAGCCUGUUGCUAAGAAAACCAAGCCUGCCAAGAAAGCCGCUGCUAAGAAGUAAAUUGAGCAAGCGUUUUAUUUUCCACAACUCAAAGGCCCUUUUUAGGGCCAUUAUUCCCUCUUGAUAGUCAUCUUAGGGCAGUCACGAUGUGCUUUUCUCCCUCGCAAGAGUUUUCUGUUACAUUUUCUUUUGUGUUAUG